AAAGGGAUCGUCAGCAGAGUAGCGGGAGCAGCUGGGUAUGGCCGACUCCCCAGGAUUAGCUCGUGCUCAUGACGUCCUGCGCGUGAGCGCCGACAACCGCGCGCGGGUGGACGCGCUCUCCUCCGCCGCGUCCGCAUACGUAUCGGCGGCUUCUCCUCAUCUGUCGCCGAGUUUCUUCGAGGGGUUCGCGCUGCGCAGGAUCCGCGUCCUCAGCGUCCACCCGGGGAUCAUCCACUGCUCCUACCACGUCCCUCCAAGCCUCACCGACUCCAGCACCGGCUGCCUCGCCGCCGGCGUUGUGGUGGCCCUAGUGGACGAGAUCGGCUACGCCGCCGCCAUCUCCCACGCCCAAAACUUCAAGGUCUCCGUGGACAUGUCCGUCGCCUUUCCCGAUCUCUCCCAGGCCCGCGCAGGGGACCGCCUGAGCAUAACGGCGAGGGUGCUCGGGCACAAGGGCGCCUACUCCGGCACGCACGUGCUCCUCACCAACGCCAGCACCGGCAAUGUCGUUGCCGAGGGCAGGCACUCCAUCUUCGGUAACCUGAAGAAAGCACCGCUCAAGCCAGCAGCCACUACUAGUCUUAAAAGCAACUUGUGAUUCUGCCGACGGGGCUUGCCUGCGCCCCCGGCGUGCGCCCAUCGGUGCGCCGCUGACACGCGUCACCCAUCCAUGCCUCCGCCUCCCGUGGCCCUUUUUAGCCGCAGAAAAAAAAACCUGAAAAUACCCAUCGACUAGUACAACGCUGCCCCGUCGUAUUCCUCACCUCUUUCACUUCCCAUAGAAAAAAUGCUACUGUAGUACUACUGCCUUCUUUCCCCUCGAGAACUCAGACAUGGAGCAAGCAUGGAGGACGGAGAGGAUGAAGCCGUCGGAUGUCCUCCCCCUGCAGCCGCGCCCCUUUCCCUCUCACCGGAUGGCAAUUCCCCCCGCCGGUGGCCUCAUCCUUGUCUCGCCGGACGCGCAGCGGAUCACCAGCUCGAGCGCUCCGUCCCGGACAUGGAGGAGCUGGAUCCUGGGAGCUGAGCUCCGCGACGCGCCUGACCAGCUCGAGCGCUCCAGCCCGGGACCGGGAGGAGGUGGAUCCUGGGUGGCGCAGCUGUCUCGAUUAGCUCGAGCGCGGCAACUCGUACCCGUACAUGGAGGCGGUGGAUCCCGGGUGGCGCAGCCGCUGCCUUGAGCGUGCUGCAGGUCAGCCAGAGGCGGCAGACCUGGAUGCUGGAAGCUCCUCCGGCUCACGAUGGAGUGCUCUGGCCGUUCGUUUGUCCGUUCGGAAGGAUAUUCAGCUCUACCUCCACGGCAGACAAGACACAUCCACACAGAUGGAGACUAGAAAGAUGAAAGGAGGAUAUGAAGAAUACAAGUGAGAAUCUCACUUUUGGUGUUUCUGAUCCAUUAUCAUCAUGGUUCCCAUGUCCACUCCCUGGAGAAGCCAUCAGGGAAGACAAGAAGAUCCUUCUUCAAUCUCUAGGUCGCUCCAGACUCCAGACGUUGCAUCUGCUUGACGCCACUGAUUGAUGAAUGAUAAGAAUCUUUAGUUGUUUCAACAGUCUCUGUUAAUCUUUGUAUUUUCUGAUUGAUUCCAAUGCAGCAGCGUGAGAUUUGGAGACAAGGAUGCAGUCCUCUGUAUCCCUGAUUAUUGGUAGGAUUAAGAGAUUUGAUUUGACAGGAUUAAGAGAUCUGAUUGGGUGGGAUUAUUUCCCUCCAUUUUUGUA